AUGCCUGCCACCGAGAGAAAGUGCUUGUUGUUGAGACUUAUUCCCCGAAGUCACAAGGGUUGGAUCAGAAUGCAGGAUGUUCAAGAGAUGACCUUCAUGCUUACACUGGCUCAGCUCAGUUCGUUCGCUGGGAAUAAGACGUUUUCUUUUUACACGUCUGCUUAUUACAAGUUUGAUCAUGAGCAUGACCCGAUCACCGAUUACUUUGAGGUCACACUCAAGAACCCUCAUUACUUUCAGGCCCUCGUCCUCUUUAAAUUCUUUGGAACUUGGGGCAUUCGUCCACGGGAUGAAAUUAUUCAAGUUCCUCCUCCCCGAGACUGGACCAAUAUUCAUAAUGAAAUCGGUGGUGACAUGCGCUGGAAUGAUGAUAUGGAACAGAUAGUACAAGACCGGUGCCUCAGUGGAGAUGUACAGCCUUUCUACGGCACAUCUUCCUACACGGGCGAGGCCCUCUUCUGGCUCCAGGUUGGUGGCAAUGACUCCAUCUUCUGGAAUGCUCUCGGCGAUUCUAUGUACCGUGUGAAUGGGAACUUGACUCUGGAAAAGAUUGUUGCAGGCCUUGAUAAGGAGGGUUUCAAUGCAUUUGACCUUGUAGAGCUCUGA